UUAUGUUUCCUCUUCAGUAUGCUGUUCAUGUCGAGGUACAUGUACACACAUUUUGUAUAUACCCCAGCUCGAGAUUAAAUAUAGCAACUGUCGAAAACAUUGUCAUGUUGACGCCACAAGAUAUCAGUUAAAACGACCCUGCACAGUCGUACAGGCACUUCGGGAUCUGCUGACAAGCCAUCAUGACCGACCAAAAUUUGACCGUCCUGCUCCACAAAAAAGGAGAAAUACAGAUGGUAGAAAAACCCAUCCCAGAGCCAGGCCCCGGAGAAGUCCAGCUAUGUAUGCAACAGGUCGGAAUCUGUGGGUCAGAUGUCCACUUCUGGCAGCAUGGCUCGAUUGGAGACUUUGUGGUGAAGGCGCCGAUGAUACUUGGACACGAGGGCAGUGGGAUGGUCAGCAAGCUUGGCGAGGGAGUGACGUCACUCAAAGUCGGUGACAGGGUUGCCAUAGAGCCCGGAGUUCCGUGCAGGACGUGUAAAUACUGUAAAUCUGGCCGGUACAAUCUGUGUAACGACUGUGUAUUCUGCGCCACGCCGCCUCACCAUGGGAACCUGAGCCGGUAUUUCGUCCAUGCUGCCGAUUUCUGCUUCAAAUUGCCCGAUCACGUGAGUUGUGAGGAGGGUGCCCUACUGGAGCCCUUGUCUGUGAGUGUUCACGCCUGUAGAAGGGCAGGGAUCAAACUUGGGAGCAGGGUCCUCGUCUGUGGGGCAGGUACAAUCGGAUUAGUUAUGCUACUGACGGCCAAGGCUAUGGGUGCGUCGGAGGUGUGCAUCAUUGAUAUUGAUGAAUCACGUUUGGAAUUUGCGAAAAAGCUAGGUGCUACUCAUGCAGUAAAGGUGACGAGUCGAGAUCCCGAGGUAAUUGCGCAGCAAGUAGAGGAUAUUAUAGGAGAGAAGACGGAGAUCACCAUUGAAUGCAGUGGCGCCACAUCAUGUGUACAGACAGCUAUAUAUGCGACGGAAGCUGGAGGAUGUGUGGUACUGGUUGGAUGUUGUCAGAAGUACAUCGAACUGCCGGUAACAGUUGCCUCCCUUCGUGAGGUGGAUAUCCGAGGAAACCUUCGAUACGCUAAUUGUUAUCCGACAGCGUUGGAUAUGGUGGCUUCUGGGAAGGUUGAUGUCAAACCUCUGAUAACACACAGAUUUUCAUUGGAGGAUUCUAUCAAGGCCUUCGAGACGACCUUGAGGGGCGAAGGAAUCAAGGUCAUGAUCAAAUGUGCAAGAUAGAUGGGAUAAAGAUGUGCUUACUUCCUCACAAGUGUAUUUCGGAUGGCUUGAUUUUAUCCUAAUUUUUGAAUUAUGAAACACUCAAAGAGUUAAUGUCUCGGUUUCCGGUGUCUUUGCCAAAUUCAGUACGUCGGCGAAAAUAUAACUCGCUGUGACUUUUUUUAAUAAAAAAAACAAGCAGUGAAUUCUCGCUUGUAACACAUUUCUUAAAAAUAUCGUUCCCUCAUUUAACAAAAUAUUGAAAAUUUCCACAUUUCUUUUACAUUAUAAUAUUUCUGUAAUAUUCUGUAGGGAUUUUGUACAUGUAUUUGGAGUGCACUCAAAUCUAUCAUUAAGACUGUAGACCAAUAAAAAGCAUUAUAAGAUUUG